CGUCGCUGCCAUGACAGGCAGAGGUCUCCUCUCGACCGCGGCUCGGUCGACUGGAGAAGAGGCAGAUUGAGUCGGGGUCGCGUCUGCGGAUGUUAUUGUGUCCGUUCGGAGCCCCGUGAACAGCAUCCGCGCGAGCGCACCGCGAUUCUCACUCAGGGAAAGAGGGGAGAGAGUAAAACAACAUGUCCUCUCGGUCUGCAUUACCGUCUGGGAACGACAGGAGUACUGGAGACCAUCAUGUGGCGUUGGGGGCCAGCCGCUCCGACAAGGCCACCAGCCAGUCCAGCCGAUCGCUGGGCGCCCGCUGCAGGAACUCCAUCGCCUCUUGCUCCGACGAGCAGCCGCACAUCGGCAACUACCGCCUGCUCAAGACCAUCGGCAAGGGAAACUUUGCCAAGGUCAAGCUGGCCCGCCACAUUCUGACGGGCAAGGAGGUUGCAAUAAAAAUCAUUGACAAAACUCAGUUGAACCCAACCAGCCUACAAAAGCUCUUUCGGGAGGUACGAAUAAUGAAAGGCUUAAAUCACCCAAACAUAGUGCAACUGUUCGAGGUGAUCGAGACGGAUAAGACCCUUUACCUGAUCAUGGAGUACGCCAGUGGAGGUGAAGUGUUUGACUACCUCGUGUCACAUGGGAGAAUGAAGGAGGUUGAAGCCAGAGCCAAAUUUCGACAGAUUGUCUCCGCUGUCCACUACUGCCACACCAAGAACAUUGUCCACAGAGAUUUGAAGGCGGAGAACCUUCUACUGGACGCCGACGCCAACAUCAAGAUCGCCGACUUUGGCUUCAGCAACGAAUUCACGCUGGGCAACAAGCUGGACACGUUCUGCGGCUCGCCGCCCUACGCUGCCCCCGAACUUUUCCAGGGCAAGAAGUAUGAUGGGCCCGAGGUGGACGUCUGGAGUCUCGGAGUCAUCCUCUACACGCUGGUCAGCGGCUCGCUGCCCUUUGAUGGGCAGAACCUGAAGGAGCUGAGGGAGCGUGUGCUGAGGGGAAAGUACCGCGUGCCCUUCUACAUGUCCACAGACUGUGAGGGGAUCCUUCGCCGAUUCCUGGUGCUCAACCCUACCAAACGCUGCACCCUAGACCAAGUCAUGAAGGACAAGUGGAUAAAUUCAGGGUACGAAGAGGAUGACCUGAAGCCCCACAUAGAACCUGUUGAAGACUUCAGCGAUCCGGCUCGCAUAGAGGUGAUGGUGGGGAUGGGCUUCACUUCAGAGGAAAUCAAGGACGCUCUGCUCAACCAGAAAUACAAUGAAGUCACCGCCACUUACUUACUACUGGGCCGCAAAGGCGAUGAGGGCAGUGAGGCUCGUACAGCUAGUAGCCUGUCACUGGCGAGGGUACGGCCCAGCCCCAUCACCAACGGGACCAACAAGCACUCCUCAGCCACCGGCUCCUCUUCAUCCUCCACCUCCUCCUCACAUAGCAAGACCCAGCGCAGUGCCUCCACCUACCACAGGCAGCGACGACACAGCGACUUCUGCGGGCCCUCCAUGCCCGUCAUGCACCCCAAACGGAGCCCCACUAACACGGGUGAGCGCGAGCUGCGGGAGGGACGAAUGCCUUCACGUAAAACCAGUUGCAGCGUGAUGGGGAGCCAUAGCCUCCCCCCCUCCAGCCCAAUGGUCAGCAGUGCCAACAACCCCAACAAGUCUGAGAUCCCAGACCGCCGCAAAGACAUGACCGCCACCACGAAUAACAUCCCUGGAAGCGCCAUGACACGCAGGAAUACAUAUGUCUGCACUGAUCGCUCUGGCGCUGACAGGCACUCUCUCCUGCAGAACGGCAAAGACAACAGCUCCCUGGGCCACCGUGUGCCGCAAGCAUCUCCCUCCACGCUCAGCAUUUCUGGCGCCGGAGCGGGCACCUCGUCCUCGGACCGGUGCCGCCUGACCCGAGGCUCCACCAUCCGCAGCACCUUUCACGGGGGGCAGCUGAGGGACCGCGGGCCCCCGGUCUACUCAGCCCCACCCACUUCCCCUACCUUGUCCCACCAUGACGCCAGCCCCCUGCCCCACGCCCGCACCAGGGCAACCUCCAACCUCUUCACUAAGCUGACCUCCAAACUCACUCGCAGGGUCAACCUUGACCCGUCCAAGCGCCAGGGCUCAAACAAAUCAGUCUCGGGUUGUACUCUGCCACAAGGAUCAAAAACAGUUAGGUCACAAAUGAAUCUGAGGGAAUCAGGAGAUUUGCGGUCACAAGUUGCCAUCUACCUUGGUAUCAAAAAGCGUCCGAGCCCCGGGCCGUCGGACGUGGCUGGGAUCUGA